AUGUCGAACUCGGCCGUUGAGAAAAUCAGCGUGAACAAAUGGAUUGAUGAUAAUAAAGAUCAAUUUCUUCCACCUGUUUGUAAUAAACUGAUGCAUAACGAUCAACUGACAAUAAUGUUUGUUGGUGGACCGAACGUCCGUAAGGAUUAUCAUUUAGAGGAAGGCGAAGAGCUUUUCUAUCAACUCAAAGGUGAUAUGUGUUUAAAAGUUCUUGAGCAAAACCAACAUCGAGAUGUAAUUAUCAAAGAGGGAGAAAUUUUUCUUUUACCGGCGAGAAUUCCGCAUUCACCAAAUCGGUUUGAAAACACUGUUGGCUUCGUCAUGGAAAGGAGACGAGAGGAAAAUGAGUUGGAUUGCUUAAGAUACUUCCAAAAUCAAUCAACCAAUCGUUUAUUUGAACGUUGGUUUCAUACGACCGAUCUGGGCAUUCAAUUAAAACCAGUGAUCCAAGAAUUCUUUGCAUCGGAAGAAUAUCGUACAAAUCAACCGAAACCAGAUAGUUUUCCCCAAGAACCGCCGGUGAAAAAUGAUGACAAGCUUCAAUUGAUCAGUCCAUUUUCUUUGAACAACUGGUUGGAACAACAUCAACACGACUUAUCUCGCGAACAUCCGAUUAGUGAACAUACCAUUGAUUGUUCAACUGGCGACGUGUGGCUAUGGCAACAUAAAGGACAUUCAACAGCAAGAAUUGUGACAGCGGAUAGGAAAGAAUCAGUUGUGAAGUUGGAGCCAUCCGAUUCGGUCUAUUUAAAUGUCGAUUGGACGUAA